GGACGACCGGAAGUGGUGGUCGUAAAAUAAACAAGCAUCACAUUUCCUAUUAAGUCUUUAUUCGCAGGUCACGACUAUCUGGUUAAUCUUUAAAAUGAAACCUGACUCCCACGGGGGAUUUCUUUAAGGUGAGUUUACCGUGGAGGCAUGUCAGAAGUUUCAUUAGAAAAUUCAAGUCAGGUCUAAAAGUGCAGAAUGGGUGUGUUGCACUCAACACAGAGUAAGGAAGGCGAAAAGUGUCAGCAUGUUACAGAAGUAGUCCAAGCUGACGGCAACAGUAGUGAAGAGGAAACAUCGACAGCUACCACACAACAAAGAGAUUUGUGGAGCAUUGAGGGAGAUUCCACUGUGCACAUGUCUGACAACAGUGCCACUAAAAUAGGAGCGGGGAUGCCAGAAGGUUCCAAUAAGUUGAAGAUUUGUGUUACAGACGAUGUUAACAUCAUGAAGCUGGUUUCAGGCAUUGCAAGUGAUGGCACAACUCAGUCCCCUAGGGAAAGAGGGUGUCCAAAACUCACAAAGCACGAAGAGCAUGAAGAAUCGGGAGAUGUCCAUGCUGACAUUUCUGUUCAAACUCAAGUUUCCCAGGAACAGGCCAGUAAUGAAGACAGCCUUACGAGUCCGACAGACCAAUCUCUUAAGAAAAGAGGCAGGCCAAGGAAUUCUGAGACGGCUGAUGUCAAAGACUCACCGAAGGGAGACUCUGAAAUACCAACAACGGGUCGUCCAAAAGGAUCCACGAAGCACAAGUUAGAAUGUUUAACAAGUGAAGAGAAUGAGAGACCGACGCGGGGGUCCGAGUUGAGCAGUGAGGAGGACGAGGAAGAGGAGGAAGAGGAGGAUGAUGAUGAUGAUGAUGAUGAUGGAAGCCUAUACUCUCCAAUAAGGAAGAAAGGUCGACCUAGGAAGGUGGUAACACCAGUGGGGUCAACACAGAACACAUCAAAUGAAACCCCAGAGACGGCUAAAAGAGGGAGGCCGAGAAAAAGUAUCGUACAGGAGAGCGGAGAUGAACAGGAGCCGCCAGUUAAGAAGGCAAUGGGUCGACCGAAAGGAUCCACGAAGCACAAGUUAGAAUGUUUAACAAGUGAAGAGAAUGAGAGACCGACGCUGGGGUCGACACAGAACAAGAAGAAGGCAAUGGGUCGACCGAAAGGCAGUUUCAAAAAGAAGGUGCUCGAUGACGAAGGCCAGCCUGAGAGUAGCCCGCCCCAAAAAGUUCCAGCCAAAAAGGGAAGGCCACGAAAAUAUCCUUUGCCCACCCUUGAGGAGCUGAAUGCGCCAAAAGUACAGAAGAAGCUUGGAAGGCCUCGCAAGAGUUUACCCGCCUCUUCAUCCUCACCAAGCAGGGAUGUUGACACCCCAAAAAAAAGGGGUCCCCCCCCAGGUACUCCAAAAAGUGACGUUGGUACCCCAAAAAAAAGGGACCGUCCUCCAGGUAAUCUUAAAAGUGAUGUUGGCACCCCAAAAAAAAGGGGCCGCCCUCCAGGUACUCCAAAAAGUGAAGUUGGCACCCCGCAUAAGAGGGGUCGCCCUAGAGGUUCAGUCAGACAAAGUGAUGCCAAGCUCAAGACCACCCUCACCGAACAUUCAGAAGGAAGUGAUGCAUCUUCUGAUGGGGAAGAGUCGGUAGAAUAGGAGGUGGGGCGAAACACAAAGACAUCCAACGAGCACGGGACAAUACAAACAAAUCCCUUAUUCAGGAUGUAAGCCAGGGAUUAGUUACCAAAUGUGAAAUAAUCAAAACAUGUUUUGUUUUAUUUGAUCAAUUGGUUUACGUAAUUUUUUCAAACAAAAAUGGAAUAUUCCCUGAUUUGAGCUUCUAAAAUGUGAAAAUAUUUGUGUUUUUGUACUACUCUUUGACAGUAAACUGAAUAUCUUUUAGUUUUGGUAAAAACAAGAUGUCUCAUAUUGUCAUCUUGAGCUUUGGUUAACACUGAGCAACAUUUUAACAAUUUUCUGACAUUUCGAGACCAUGACUGACAGAUUAAUCAACAAUGAGGAAUAGUUAGUUUCAGCCCUACUUGGAAGUUUGUGACCAGAGGAACCAUCCUGGACUGACCCAAAAGUUGCUGUUGAAAACAUAGAAUACCAUUUUGUAAAUGAAAAAGUGUUUUUGACAUUUGUUCAGUUAGGUAGGCUUCUUCAGAUUUACUUCCAUGUGGUUUGAAUGGGCUUAUUUAUUUAUUUUAAAGUAUUUUAUUACUGUCAUCUUGAGUUUUUUUUAAUAGAGCUAGUGUACACUUUCAAGUUUAUCAUUAUAAACUGAUUGUGACAUUUUUCAUGCAGUGUUCAGAUGUAGUAUUAGUCAGUUUGACUGUAACUGUGAAACGGUUUUACUUCCCAGUUCUGUGAAAUGAUUUAGAAGGAACAAAAGUUGAAACUUUGGAAAGUUAAUACAAAAAGUGAAACUAGAGAGAGGUGAAGUUCUGAUAUCACCUCUGUUCCGAAUAGCUACUGUAACUCAAAACAAUCUGCAUUUCUGAAAUGAAUAGUGUGAUCUUGGGGUGAACUACCUUUUUUUCAGGACAUACUAGCAUAUAUAAACGGAGCGAUAUCAAACAUUUUUGCCAAGUGAUUUUCAACUUUGACCUGUAUGUGGCAUGUUAAGAGUAAAGAGGUGACUACAUGUGAACAUAAUGUUUUGAUUACAUUAGUAUUUUUAAUUUUAUAGUGUAAAAAGUCUAAAACGGGUCACUUCUAGCUAUGAGCCUACAGAGAAUUAUUGUUGAAUAAUUCUCAUUGUAAAGUUUUAAUGUUUGUUCACCCACUGCUUUUAUGGCACCAUUUUCAGCCCCAAAAGGCAGCGGUCUUUAGCACAAAAAGAAAAACGUAUAAAUAGCCGAUGUACAAAGGAGAAGGACAAAUGAAAGGACCAGCUGGAGCAUGAGCAACUAAAGAGCCAGAUGUUUCUCUCAGGAGUUGGUGAAGACCAAAACUGAGCUUAAAUCACGGAGUGAAUAUUGAAAUAUUCUCUCAAACAAGACUCCUAAUGACUGAUGAUGUUUUCUGUGUAACUGCCUGAUGUGGAAAUAAGCAACACUUUGUCAUAUUGUUACAUACAGUAUAGAAAGCUUUUUAUUUUGUAUUUUUAUAACUUCGGACCGUCAUGAUGUAAACUUCUUAAUUUACUUGAUUUUUGGCACCAUAAGUAAAUGUGUGUCAUGACCUGGACAUCAUUAUUAUUUUAAGUCAAUAAGCUAGUAAUAAGUUAGUUGACAUAUUUCCAUUUUGUGUGUUUUGAACAAGAUUGAAAUAAAAUGUUGAUUUUA